AUGCCGCCGUCACGUCUUUCUCGCCUUCCGCCGUGGAUCAGCCACUGGCUUGGCUAUCGUGCCGAGACUCCGAAGCCACUGGCUACUUGGAAGGUCGCCGCAUGGUCCUUCAUUACAGCUUUCUGCGGCCUCUCCGUUCUCCAGAGCAUUUUCAACUAUUCCCAUUACUUUACCUCACGUCAUGUGCCUGGCAUCAUCGCCUCCUAUGGUGCAUCCGCAGUUCUCGUAUUUGGCGCUAUUGAAAGCCCGCUUGCUCAACCUCGCUCCUUAAUUUUUGGCCACUUCUUCAGCGCAUUGAUCGGUGUUUGCGUUACAAAGCUAUUCAGUCUGAUGCCCGACCAAGCCCGCUUUGAAUCCCUGCGCUGGCUCGCAGCCUCAUUGUCAACCGCUAUUGCCAUUGUUGUGAUGCAGCUCACUGGAACUACCCACCCACCUGCCGGUGCUACUGCCUUGCUCCCAGCCACUAAUGAUGAAAUCUGGAAUCUCUCAUGGUACUAUCUACCCGUGGUUCUGCUUUCCUCUACUAUGCUCAUGUGCUGCGCUCUGGUGUUUAAUAACAACAUGCAUCGGCGGUAUCCGACCUUUUGGUUUACACCACCUACACCGCCAAAGCCUGCCCCUGGCCCUGUUCCCGGAGCGCCAUUGAUGGUGGAGCCAGCAUCCUCAGACGAGAAGCUGCCUAAACACUCAGUAUAG